CUCCAACCUGGAGGCACUUACAUCUUCUCAAGAUUCAUGCUGUGCUGUUCGUGGAAGGUUUCCAGCACCACUCUGGUGAGCUCUGAUGGAUAACGUAUCCUUCAGCGUCAGCUAUAAGUUAACUCUGGACCCAUUUUAUAUUCCACCUGGUGGAAAGUAUCCCAUCUUUUUCCUGGGCAUUGCUAUCUAUUCAUUUGGUGUGUUCUGCAACCUGACCUUACUGUCUGUCAUCGUCAUGCAAAGGAACCUUCACAAACCCAUGUAUUUUAUUCUCUUCAAUCUUCCUCUCAACGAUCUGAUAGGAAUCACUGCAAUGCUCCCAAAGGUGCUGUCAGACAUUGUGACUGAGACAAACACGGUCUUUUACCCUCUAUGUGUUAUUCAGGGGUUUUUGCUCCACAUGUACGGAGGUGCGGUUCUCUUUAUUCUUGCGGCUAUGGCCUUUGAUCGUUAUGUUGCCAUCUGCCAGCCGUUGAGGUACAGUACUAUUAUGACACCCAGGAAUGUGGCGCUCAUUAUUUUACUGGUUUGGGGUCUUGACCUCCUCUUGAUCCUACUGCUGUUCUCUCUGCAGAUAAAGCUGCCCCGGUGUAGAUCCUCCAUAAUGAAUGUGUUUUGUGAUAACCCCUCCCUUCUUAAACUCACCUGUGGUAAUACUACACUGAAUAAUGUCAUAGGACUGUUUAACACAGCAGUCAUGCAGAUUAUAAGUGUAUCCAUUCAGAUUUUUUCCUAUGUGAAGAUUCUGAUCACUUGCUUGGUUACAAGAAAGUCAGAAGCUAAGAGUAAGGCUUUGAACACCUGUGUGGCACAGUUGGUCAUAUUCUUCAUAUUUGAGGUUGUAGGAACCUUCACAAUUGUAUCACACAGAUUCAAGAAUGUCUCAGCUGACUUGCAAAAGAUUAUGGGCAUGCUCAUCUUUCUAGUAUCUCCACUUAUGAAUCCAAUUGUAUACGGGCUGAAUGCAAGUGAAAUACGAAUCACCCUACUGAAAGUAUUUCUCAACAAAGUAUCAGUCUGAACCAAUUAUUAACAUGGUGUGUGAUGAUGGUUUACAGUCACAGUUAGGCCAGAUGUGGGGCAGUGUAUUGUUUCUCCACAGAACACAUGAUAGGAAUAGUUACGUACUACUGCCUAUUGGUAGUUCAUCACUAUAUCUGUGCUUUGUAUUGCUAAGCAAUGCACAUUAUACGCUUGGUGGUUCGAGCCCUGAAUGCUGAUAUACCAUGGCUGAGGGUCGUGUUAUAUCAAACCGUAUACCACGGGUGUGACAAAAUAUUUAUUCUUACUGCUCUGAUUACGUUGGUAACCAGUUUAUAAUAGCAACAAGGCACCUCGGGGGUUUGUGGUAUAUUGGCAAUCAAAUCAAAUGUUAUUGGUCACAUACACGUGUUUAGCAGAUGUUAUUGCAGGUGUAGCGAAAUGCAAUAUACUACGGCUAAGGGCUGUAUCCGGGCACUCCGCGUUGCGUCGUGUGUGAUAUAUUGGCCAUGUGUGAUAUAUUGGCCAUACACCACACCCCUUCUGGCCUUAUUGCUGAAGUAUACCAUAGCUUCAAAUCAUUCAUCAAACUAUCAUUUCAACCUCAUGGACUGGCAGUCCCUGAAUCCCC